AUGGACAAAUCAAUGCGUGAUAUUCUGACCAUUGUCUAUGACAACACAGGUCUCCCCACACAUUUCCUGCCUAACACAGGUCACAAUGAUCUCAACAUUAGUUACAGCCGUCAUGGCGCCAUCGAAAAAUGGCAAUACGGAGAGUUAACAGAGCAACGAAUGUAUGAAAAAGGUGUCAUGGUUGAAAAAAUAUCCACGAACGGUGCUCAGUACCGUUACAUCUACAGCUAUGGGCUGAAGCCAACAGACAUAAUCCUCCCGAGUGGAAAGCAGUACCGUUUCUAUUACGACGCAGAAGGCAACCUUAUCUCUGUGACGAUGCCAAGCCUCGGGAUACACAGGUUUGCUUACGUCACAUCUAUCGGAUUCCAACGCUAUCUCUACUAUCCCCCAAAAGCCCAGCUUCCAUUUAUCAAAGAUGUGGAUGGCAAUGGGAAGGUCUUGCAGAUUCUAUACCCCAGCGAACGCCGACGGGUCAUUUAUAGAUACAACAAUCAUUUCCAGCCAAUCACAAUUCUCUUUGACGAUUCUCACAUCAGUUACGGGUACGAUGGACAAACCGGAAAACUGAGCAAGCUGGAAGCUUUCUAUACAGGCUACGGUUGCCAGUACCUCUACUAUUAUAGUAGUACACUGAUGAGUAGCAUUGAGGCACAAUUUCAACAAGAUCGUCAACUGAUAGGCGCAAAGUCUUUUUAUAACUAUGACAACAACUUCCGACUCACGUAUAUGCAUAUCGUUUUCACCAACAACGAAACGACAUCGACUAACUUCAGUUAUAACACGAACACAGGAAAGCUGGCCAAUAUUAAGCAGUUUAAAGUCAACUGGCCGUUACCGGAUCGCGAGCUAAUCAGUGAUGUGAACGUCAAAAUCCGACGUGAGUACGAUCAUUACGGACGCCUGAAAGAAAUAGAGUACAAAUUUGCCGACGUCCAGUGCUAUCUGUUGGAGAUCAACUAUGAUCGGACAAACCGAAUCCACGAAUGGAGACGCAGGAUCGGUCACGCCAACAAUGAGGCGAUGGAAUACGUCUACGAUAUCGACAACAACGUCAUCGACGUUCUAGUCGACGGGAAGAAGGCCUGGCACUACGGCUACGAUGCCAACGGCAACAUCGCCAAAAUCACCACCUACGGGCGCACGAAAGAGCUGCAUUUCGACGAGGCCGAUCACGUGAAAAAGUUCGGCGAAAAGUACUACAAGUUCGACACUGACGGCUUCAUGGUGCAACGCAACAAAGAGCACCUGCAUUUCAACUCCCUCGGCCAGCUGCGAUCCGUCACGAAGACCGAAGAGUACAAAGUGAUUUUCUCCUACGACCCCAUCGGUCGCCUUGUCGUCUACAAGGACCUCGUGGGAAACGUCCUGCAGUAUUUUUACCUGGACGUCGAACAUCCGUCCCGCGUGACACACACUUACAAUCAUGGCAACGGAGACACCACACAGUACCACUACGACGAGGAAAACCAGUUAAUUGCGAUGGAGAGACGAGGCAAUAUCUAUUACAUUGCUAACGAUCCUACAAACACCCCACUUGUCAUCUUUGACACACAGGGACGCGUUAUAAAGCAAAUGAGUUAUGACCCUCUUGGCUGGCUAAGUGCAGACUCAAACCCGCACUUUGAAUUUUCAUUUGGUUUCCAAGGCGGAAUCCAUAAUCCAAUAACUAGUCUAUUGCAUAUCGGUGACAAAGUUUAUGACCCACAAAUCGGCCGCUGGGUGGCCCCUGACUUUGCAAACGUAUUUGAGAAAGUCAAGGAUGCAAUUGAAAAACCCGAAGUAUUGAAUAUCUAUCAAUACGCCUUGUUGGUGAAUUUGCAUAUGAAAAAUCGCAAGUACCCGCUGACAGAUUUAGCCGAUUGGUUACUGCUGCUGGGUUACAACGUAAAAAGUCUGGCCCCUGAUGUCACUUACACGGGAGAAAUAAGAGGGCAAAGAAAAGGUUGUCGGGAUUCGGAAUUACUUCCCACAUCGUCGGCUUUUGAGUGUACCUUCCGACGUGACAUGGACAAUUUGUUGAUGAUGUCCACGGUAUCAAGUUCGAAAAUAACUCCUCAACAGCCGACCCCGGUGCUAAAACCUGCCAAUGUUCCAUUCGUCCUAGGGGAUGGAAUCAUCCUUUCAGUUGUAGACGAGCGAGUACUCGUUAAUUUUGUGGACAACACGCCGGAGAUUUUGCGCAAAACAGCCAGCGUCCUGUUAAACAAUUCCGACAUUGUCGACAUGCAUUUUACGAUAAAGGGCAAAGAUGUCCACUAUUUUGUCAAGGUAGAUGUCAAUCAGGCGGAAAUCGACCUGAAUAGUUUAGGCAUACACGGUGACCAAAUCUUCCUUGAGAACGGGAUAAAUAUAUCAGUUCACAAGAUUCAGCACACUGACGGAUUUCAUGCUCGGAGCCAUGAAGAGAUCGAUAUCCGCUUACACGGUAAUUACAGUAUCAUGAAUAUCCGUUAUGGGACAGAUUUAAUGAGAGAACGUCACCGCGUUUUGCAACAUGCAAAAGAUCGAGCCGUACAGCAUGCUUGGUCGCGGGAGAAAUAUUUAUUGCAAAAUAGCCUGCCCAGUGAAUACCAGUGGUCUGAACAGGAGAAAUAUGAAAUAAAGACUGUAGGUUAUGCAGAAGGCUAUGAAGGCAUGUAUAUUCGUAAUCCGGAAGAGUAUUCAGAGCUGGCUGAUGAUUGCAAUAAUAUUAGAUUAUUGAAAAGGACAAGAUAG